AUUUUUCCCGCUCGCACCAGCACGAAGUUCAAAGCAAAAAUAUGCUCCCCGCCCCUGCCCAUACCCGGCACAGACCGGUACCUCAUCUCCUAUACCAAGACUCGUCACUGCAAUUUUUCGUGCGCUCGCAGCAGGACGGAGAGAAAGAUGGGUCGCGUAACAAAGAAAGUGACGCGUAAACACAGAAAAAAAUUACAGAAAUUGCUGCAACUUUUAGAUAGUUCAAGUGAGUUAGACGUCUCGUCGUUGGAGAGUACAGGGACGGACUCGGAUUCAGAUGCGCCCUUAUCAAAGCAUCCAACGCAAGUCCCGGAGCCUGGCUCAUCCCAGGAUCAGGGUGUACAAAAUAUACUACAAUUCCUGGGUAAUCAAGCAUCUGCUAUAAAAGGACCAGAGGUCAGUACAGACGUAGCAGCCCUGAUAUCUGAGUUUUUACUCAAGGGAAUUGAUAAAGAAUCUCGCAAAACUACUCUGGAAUCUUAUCCCUGUUUGGCAAACUGUCCAGCCCUUCAGCCUCCAGUGAUUAACCCAGAGGUUCGAUCUUGUUUAAGUACAAAUGCAGUUAAAGAGGAUACAUUCCUCAGUAAACUUCAAUUACAGUUAGCAUCUGGGAUAAGUGCACUGGCCGUCGGCUUCGAUAAGCAAUAUGAAAUAACGAAAUCGAAUUCUACAGAUGAAACACGAGCUGAUUUGGAAAGAUGCUGUGCUCCACUAAAAAUAAUCGCAGAUGUUUUUCACGCGAUUUCUCUUCAUCGUCGUUAUUCCAUUCUACCAUUUUUGGAUGGCAACGUUCGCAAAUUUUCUGAUACUUGCCCAAUUGAUGAAUUUUUAUUUGGAAAAACAUUCCCGGACCAAUGGAAAUCAGCAAGUGAAGCUCAACGAUUAGGCUUUUCAAUCAAAAAGAAGGAAAAAGCCCUAGGAUCAGCAUCUCCCAAACCAGUCGUCUAUAAGAAAUUGGAGACCAAGCCAGGUCCGUCGAGGGUCUCGUCGUCUUUAAACUCCCGGCGCCAGCAACACAAAUCUCGCAUGAAAAAGGAGGAGAGGUUUCGUUCAGCAAGGUCAUACCGGAAGCAGUAG